AUGUAUAUUGAUUUAGUUGAUGAUUGUAAAAAGCGUUUUAAGAAUAUGAAAGAUACCUAUAACAAAAAAAGAAGAAGCAGAAAGAUGGGCACUGGGUCUGCUGCUAAAGACAAACCUUCUAAAUGGAUGCUUGAGGAUAUGUUAUCUUUUCUUGACAAAACGAUAUAUGAAAGACCGACCUUAACAAAUGUGACAUCAAUUGAAAAAAGUAAUAUACAUGAGGAUAAUGAUGACUUACAUGAAAGUAAUGCUGAUAUAACCAUAGAGCCAGAAGAUGAACCAUCUGAACCCCAAGCUGAGGAGACUGUUGUAUCAGAUACACAAAAAACAUCAUCAUCAAUAGCAGGAAUAAAACGACACAAAAAAAAUGAUGCUCUAAUCCAAGUUUUAAAUAGGAGAGGUGAAGAAAGGAGACUUUUAUUACAAGAGUUAUCAAAAACAAAUGAAGAGGACCCUAUUGAAGCUUUUUUUAAAAGUAUGGCUCUUACUGUUAAAAUGUUUUCUCCAGAGCUGCAAGCAAAAGCUAAAAUGGAUGUGUUCAGAAUAAUAAAUGAAUUGGAGUUUCAAAAUAUUAGACCAAUGUAUCAGCCAGUUAGUACUUCAGAUUAUGUUUUCCCUGAAAGAGUAACACCUACAACUCAAACGUCAAACUUCAUUGACUAUAACUCUACAUCAAACUCAAGUGAGUUUGAUGUUACAUCUCCAAUACCCAAUUGGACACAAGAGUUCCAUAAUAAUUAA